AUGGUGUAUACACUUGGUAGUGUCGUAAAUAGUGUACAAUCUGAGUUUCCUGCUGUUCGCCUAUCUACUCUGGUUGAGCAUCUUGAUUCCCUCAUUAGAACGCAUGCUCCUUUGAUGAAAGAUCGCAGGUGUGGCUCCUUCCUAUGGUCUCUACUGCCAACUCGUUUCACUCCAGUUUACCGUAGCAACUACAGCAAGCUGACUAGCUCCCUGGCUCGUAUGACUAGCUCGCUUCCUGUUGAGUACAGUACACAAUUCAGACUUGAAGUUCGUUUACACAGUAUGAGAAAGACAAUUCUAAAGAAUUGGACUAAGCAACUUUUUUAG